UUCACUCCCGGAAUAAACUCAUCCCGCUGAAGCUGGCAGCCAUUUCUUCUUCUUCUUCAAUAUCUGUGUCGGCGGUGCAGGGCUGUUGCUUCUGAAAUCGCUCUGCGGUUUGUGUUUUGAUUUCCACUAGCAAGCCGUCGCGCACAAGCACCCGCCAGCAUGUCAGCCUUCGUAGAGAGCGAGGCUGAGGAGUCAGAGGAAGAGUACGACGAGGAGGGCGAUGUUCAGCCCAGGAGGGCCAAGAAGUUUGCAGGAGUGCAGGAAGAGGAGGAGGAGGAGGAGGAGGAGGAGGAAGAGAACCCAGAAGACCAGGACGAGCACGGGAACCUCCGGGGGCUGAUCGACGAUGACGUCGUGGAUGAUGAGGAGGAGGAGGAGGAGGAAGAUGAUGAUGAAGGAGCCAGCGACUCUGCGGAGGAGGUUGGGCACCGGAAGAGAAAACGCAGUUUUGAUCGCCUGGAUGAUGAUGAUCUUGACCUCAUUGAGGAAAAUUUGGGAGUCAAAGUGAAAAGGCAGAAGUUCCGGCGUGUGCGAAAGAUGUCUGACGAUGAGGAUGAGGAGGAAGACGAAGUCCGUGAGGGCCACGAGAAGGACCUGAUCGCAGAGGAGAUCUUCCAGGGGGCGGAGGGGGAGGAGGGGGAGGUGAUCGAGGGGCCCAUCCACGGACACGACGAGGAUGAGGAGGAGGAAGACGAAGAAUCCGAUAUUGAUGACUUCAUUGUGGAUGAUGAUGGCCAACCCCUAAAGAAGCCAAAAUGGAGAAAGAAGCUGCCAGGAUACACAGACGCGGCUCUUCAAGAAGCCCAGGAGAUCUUCGGCGGGGACUUUGAUUUCACAGAGUUUGAGCACGAGGGCUACGACGAUGUGGAGGAGGAAGAGGAAGAGCCCGAGGAUGAGGCGUGGGACCGGCCCAAGAAACAGACCAAGAAGAGGGUGGGCCGCCGCAGCAUCUUCGAGAUCUACGAGCCCAGCGAGCUGGAGAGCAGCCACCUGACUGACCAGGACAAUGAGAUCCGCUCGACGGACAUGCCUGAGCGCUUCCAGCUGCGAACGAUACCGGUGAAACCAGCAGAAGAUGACGAGCUGGAGGUAGAAGCUGAUUGGAUCUACAGGAACGCCUUUUCCACACUUACCAUCUCCAUACAGGAGAGCUCGGACUACCUGGAUCGUGGCACAACCAGUAACUUCAGCAGGAAAGGCCCCAGCACUAUCCAGAAGAUCAAAGAAGCCCUCAACUUCAUGAGGAACCAGCACUUUGAGGUCCCAUUUAUUGCGUUCUACAGAAAGGAAUAUGUGGAACCGGAGCUCAAUAUCAACGAUCUGUGGAAAGUUUGGCAGUGGGAUGAAAAGUGGACUCAGCUGAAGACCCGCAAGCAGAACCUGACCCGCUUGUUCCAGAAGAUGCAGGCGUUCCAGUUCGAGCAGAUCUCCGCCGAUCCAGACAAACCGCUGGCAGAUGGGAUCAGACCUCUCGACACUGCAGACUUGGAGAGAUUAAAAGAUGUCCAGUCCAUUGAUGAGCUGAGAGACGUCUACAACCACUUCCUGCUGUACUAUGGUCGUGACAUUCCCAAGAUGCAGAAUGCAGCAAAAGCCAGUAAAAAGAAACUGAAGAAAAUCAAGGAAGUUUCCGAAGAGGAUGGUGAGCAGGAUGCUGAGGUAGAGGAAGAGGAGGAAGAGGAGGAGGAGGGACGGAAAGGACCUGAUCUGAAGCUGGCUUCUCGCAGAGACAUGUACUCGAUCUGUCAGACUGCAGGGCUGGAUGGUCUUGCCAAAAAGUUUGGUCUGACUCCGGAGCAGUUUGGUGAGAACCUGCGAGACAGCUACCAGCGGCACGAGACGGAGCAGUUCCCAGCUGAGCCUCUGGAGCUGGCUAAGGAUUACGUCUGCAGUCAGUUCUCAAGCCCGGAGGCCGUGCUGGAGGGGGCGCGUUACAUGGUGGCCAUGCAGAUCGCUCGGGAGCCUCUGGUUAGACAUGUGCUCAGACAGACGUUCCAGGAAAGAGCCAAGAUCAACAUCAAGCCCACCAAGAAGGGCAAGAAGGAAGUGGAUGAAGCCCACUAUGCUUAUUCAUUCAAAUACCUGAAGAACAAGCCAGUGAAGGAGCUGAGUGGAGACCAGUUUCUCAAAAUGUGCCUGGCAGAAGAGGAGGCGUUGCUGGCCAUAGACAUCUGCAUUGAUAUGAAGGGAGUCAAAGGGUACAGCGAGCAGACGUAUUUCGACGAGAUCAAGCAGUUCUAUUACCGUGAUGAGUUCAGUCACCAGGUUCAGGAAUGGAACAGGCAGAGAACCCUGGCCAUUGAGAGAGCACUGAAGCAGUUCAUCUACCCGCAGAUGGCCAAAGAACUCAAGAACAAGCUGAUCUCCGAGGCUAAAGAGAACAUCAUCAAGGGCUGCAGCAGAAAGCUGUAUAACUGGUUGAAAGUUGCUCCAUACCGCCCGGAUCAGCAGGUGGAAGAGGACGAGGAUUUCAUGGACGACAAUCCGGGCAAAGGAAUGAGAGUGAUGGGAGUGGCCUUCGCUCCAGGCAGGGAUACCCCUGUGUUCUGCUCCCUCAUUAACGGAGAAGGAGAAGCCACUGACUUCCUGCGCUUGCCAUACUUUUUGAAGAGAAGGAAUGCGUGGCGCGAAGAAGAAAGAGAAAAGAAGUUGCAAGACCUAGAAACCUUGAAAAAGUUCCUGUUGAGCAAGAAACCGCACGUGGUUGCUGUUGCAGGAGAAAAUAGGGAUGCCCAUAUGAUCAUGGAAGAUAUCAAACGAACCAUCAACGAGCUGGAACAGGAGCAGCAGAUUCCCACCAUCGGCGUGGAGCUGGUCGACAGUGAACUGGCUGUGCUGUACAUGAACAGCAGGAAAUCAGAGAAUGACUUCAGAGACUACCCUCCAUUGCUGCGACAGGCAGUAUCGAUCGCUCGAAAGAUCCAGGACCCUCUGGUGGAGUAUGCCCAGGUCUGCAGCUCGGAUGAGGAUAUUCUGUGUUUGAAGCUACACCCUCUUCAGGAACAUGUGGUGAAGGAGGACCUUCUGAGCGCUCUGUACUGCGAGUUUAUAAACAGAGUUAACGAGGUGGGAGUGGAUGUGAACCGGGCUAUCGCUCACCCAUACACUCAGAGCCUGGUCCAGUAUGUCUGCGGGCUGGGGUCUCGCAAAGGGUCUCAUCUCAUCAAGAUCCUGAAGCAGAAUAACACCAGACUGGAGAACAGGACCCAGCUCGUCACAAUGUGCCACAUGGGACCAAAAGUAUUCAUCAACUGUGCGGGCUUUAUCAAAAUUGAUACAGCAUCCCUAGGGGACAGCACUGACUCGUACAUCGAGGUGCUGGACGGCUCGCGGGUGCACCCGGAGACCUACGAGUGGGCGCGGAAGAUGGCGGUGGACGCGCUGGAGUACGACGAGUCCGCGGAGGACGCCAAUCCCGCCGGGGCCCUGGAGGAGAUCCUGGAAAACCCGGAGAGGCUGAAGGAUCUGGACCUGGACGCCUUCGCAGAGGAGCUGGAGAGGCAGGGCUAUGGGAACAAGGGUAUAACACUGUAUGAUAUCCGUGCUGAGCUAAGCUGCAGGUACAAGGAUCUAAGAGCCACGUACCGGCCUCCUAACACAGAGGAGAUCUUUAACUUGCUGACUAAGGAAACGCCAGAGACCUUCUAUAUAGGUAAACUGAUCACCAGCAUCGUGACAGGCAUAGCUCACAGGCGACCCCAGGGCGAGAGCUACGACCAGGCUAUCAGAAAUGACGAGACGGGCCUGUGGCAGUGCCCCUUCUGUCAGCAGGAUAACUUCCCUGAGCUCAGUGAGGUCUGGAAUCACUUUGACAGCGGGUCCUGUCCCGGCCAGGCUAUUGGAGUGAGGACUCGAAUGGAUAAUGGCGUUACAGGGUUUAUACCAACCAAAUUCCUCAGUGACAAAGUGGUGAAACACCCUGAGGAAAGAGUCAAGGUGGGAAUGACCGUGCACUGCAGGAUAAUGAAGAUAGAUAUUGAGAAGUUCAGCGUGGACCUGACGUGCCGGACGUCUGACUUGAUGGACAAGAGCAACGAGUGGAAGCUGCCCAAAGACACGUACUAUGACUUUGACGCCGAGGCAGAGGAUCUGAAGCUGGAAGAGGACGCCAAGAAGAAACAGCAGCGCACAACCUACAUAAAGAGAGUGAUCGCUCACCCGUCAUUCCACAACAUCAACUUCAAACAGGCGGAGAAGAUGAUGGAGACCAUGGACCAGGGUGACGUGAUCAUCCGGCCCAGCAGCAAGGGGGAGAACCACCUGACCAUCACCUGGAAGGUGGGGGAAGGCAUUUACCAGCACGUGGACGUCCGGGAGGAGGGCAAGGAGAACGCCUUCAGCUUGGGGCACACGCUCUGGAUAAACAAUGAGGAGUUCGAGGAUCUCGAUGAGAUCACGGCUCGUUACGUGCAGCCCAUGGCCUCGUUUGCACGUGAUCUUCUAAAUCACAAGUAUUUCCACGAUUGCAAUGGUGGAGAGAGAAAGAAAAUGGAGGAGCUUCUAAUAAAAGCCAAAAAGGAGAAGCCUGCGUUCAUCCCGUACUAUAUGUCUGCCUGUAGAGAGCUGCCUGGGAAAUUUUUACUGGGGUACCAGCCUCGUGGGAAGCCUAGGAUAGAGUUUGUAACCGUCACGCCCGAAGGAUACCGGUACAGGUCCCAGAUAUUCCCCUCUGUGAACGGACUCUUCCGCUGGUUCAAAGAUCACUACCAGGACCCUGUACCAGGUAUUACUCCAAGCAGCAGCAGCAGAACUAGAACCCCAGCCUCCAUGGGCACCACUCCAGCCAACAUUAACAUAGCAGACCUGACCCGCGCUGUGAACGCGCUCCCCCAGAACAUGACGUCUCAGAUGUUCAGCGCGAUCGCGGCUGUCACGGGGCAGAGUCAGAACCCCAACGCCACGCCAGCGCAGUGGUCCUCCAGUCAGUACGGGUACAGCGGCAGUGGAGGGGGCAGCGGCGGGGGGGGCAGCAGCGCCUACCAUGUGUUUGCCACUCCAGCACAGCAGCCUGUGGCGACCCCCUUGAUGACCCCCAGCUACUCGUACACCACCCCCAGCCAGCAGACCAUCACCACCCCCCAGUACCCCAGCAACACCACCCCCCAGUCCUCCCACGGGCCCCCUUCCUCCUCAUCAUCAUCCACCUCCUCCUCCAGGCACAGGCAGCAGGCAAAACAAAACUCUCAUACUGCCGUGGACUGGGGUAAGAUGGCAGAACAGUGGCUGCAAGAGAAGGAGGCGGAGAAGAGGAAACAGAAAACGAGGGUGACCCCGCGGCCGUCUCCCAGCCCCAUGAUCGAGAGCACGCCCAUGUCCAUCGCUGGGGAUGCCACGCCCCUGCUGGACGAGAUGGACCGGUAGAGGGGAGCCCAGGGGUGUCGCCGUCACAAUGGACUGCUUCCUCAGGACUAAAGCGGCUUUAUUUUGUGAGGAGCGGUCAGCAAUGAACUGAGGCUCUGAUCCUUAAACACUUUGCAGAAUAUGUGAAAUCAUCAGUGACCAACAAGCACUGGCUUCUGGCACCGGACCGCUAUAGAGUGUCACUGGAAUAUGGUUUGCUUAGUUUUUAUUUUAAGGGAGAGAAUAUAACUUUUUUUUUUUUUUUUUUUUUUUUAAUAAGAAUGGGAAUGCUGAACAAUUGACAUACAUGGAACAAGCUAAUGCUGAAUUGCAGUGCGUUAUUUUGUUGUUUCCUAAUCAGUGUCACCUUGAGCUAUAUAGAAAGUGCCGAAAAAACAGCAGAACAACCACCUGUGCGCUUCCCCGAAAGAGGCAGAACAUGCCUCGGGGGGGGGUCUGCGUGCAUGCAUCAUCAGAACUAAUAAUAAAAGAAUUUCAGUAUAUGUUCAUCUUGGGACUUUGCUUGUCAUAGUAACACCCUUUUUAAGACCCUGAAAACGGGAAGAAAUGGGUUUAUUAAGUUCGUUCUGUCUUCUGACAGCUGACAUUUUAAUUUAUAAGACUUGGCUGCAUAUCGGUUGAGUCUUGGUUUUGGGCAGAUCUCCCUGCAUCAGUAGUAAAGGACGCUUAGCAGCUUUUUUGACUUUACAAACCUGUAUCAUUUUAAUGUUUUUUUUUUUUGUUUGUUUAUUGUUUUCACAGUAUGAGGUAGGCAUGCUUUUAAAAACGACAAGGCUGUUGGUUUUCACAAGUUUUCAAAGCCAUCUUCUUUCACCCUGUGGGCUGUACAAUUUCAGAAAUGUUUUCCUUGCAUUGAAAAGGCUAUAUAACCCUUGUGAGUAUUUAAGUUAAAGGGGAUAUGCAAACAGUACUGAGCAGUACAGAGGCUGCUGGCAUCCAGUUGCGUUGUUCUUUAUCAGUGCGUUCGAACGUGCAUUUUGAAGCUUUAACGUCCUGAUCAGAAUUCCUAUCUGAAAUUCAGUUUACUCAACAAAACCCUGAUGAGGAGCGACGUGGAGUGGCUUGCAAAUGGUUCAUGCUGUCUGCACCGAGGUUCCCUCCGUUUGCAUUCCCAUUGUAAUCACAUGAGCUGUAAGCGUGUCCUUCUCACUAAUGCAGGAACUGCUGCCUGCAUGUGGUGCUGGUAGAAAUCUUGAUGAGACUCGGUUUGUGGUAUAUUACUGCUGUCAUGUUUUGUUUGUUUGUUUUUCCCCCUUUUGAUAAAAGUAAAAAUUCUACUUUUCAAAAUAGUCUCCCUGCCUCCCCUUCUUCAACCUGUCCUUGCAAUGUGUUUCCAUAUCGACGGCCUAAAGCAGGCGUGUCCACUCCCGGUCCUGCAGGGCCAUUCCACUCCAGGGUUAACAGCUCUGUUGGUGAACUUCUUCAGUCUCUGGAUGCAGGUUUAAUUGAUUCAGUUAAACGAUUUAGAACAGGUUUGGAGCAAAGAUCAGGAGCGUAAGAGCCAGCUUUGGCCACCCCUGGCCUAAAGCAAACCCUGGAGUGAAAUAACCCAACAGUUUCAGAUUUCUGUUCAUUUGUGUCUAAGGUACAAUGUGGAAUAUGUUAACACAGAGAUGAUCAGAAACCAGUAUAAAAGGGAUCUGUGCAUUCAAAUUGCCCUGGCAGUAAUCUGAUCCUUUUUAAGCAACUGUGGGUAAUUCAAAGGUUUUAAUAUGUAAUGUUGAUCACUCUUGCGUGAUCGUUUUGAAGUUCAAGAACCCACUGUUAUGUCUUAAUGUUACCAGCUUCAGCAUACUAAAACCUUAACCUUGACUACUAAUCUAUAUUACAAUGUCUACAGUCUGUUUCAUGUCAGCAUACAGUGGUGCAGGGUGUAUGUUUCUCAAUGAAUAAAGCCAUUAAGCAUGA